AGUUAAAUUUUAAAAUGUCAAAAUUUCGACUUUACUCCGUCUGGGAACUGUCAUCUAAUUUUUCCUCCAAUCGGUAUUUCUCACAAUUAUUGUCAUCUCCAUGGUGUCAAGCAUCAGAGCAGCAAACAAGCAGAAAUUUAGCAACUAACACUGCUACUAAUAUUACAGAGGAUGAUUUAAUGAUUAGUGAAAGUUGCGUAAAACGAUUAAAAGAUAUUACUGAAGAUGGUACAUGCUUGAGGGUAACUGUUGAAGGUGGUGGGUGCUCAGGUUUUCAAUACAAAUUUGAUUUGGAUUCAAAUAUAAAUGACGAUGACAAAGUAUUUCAAAAGGACGGAGCUAAAGUUGUAAUUGACUCAACGUCAUUAGAGUAUGUUAAAGGUGCAACCAUUGAUUUUCAUUCAGAAUUAAUAAGAUCUGCUUUUAGAAUCAUAAAUAAUCCAUUGGCAGAACAAGGCUGUAGUUGUGGUGCUAGUUUUGCUAUUAAAGUUGAUUGA